CGCAAAUGGUACUGAAUCUCACCGUGACAGAGAUGGAACCCUGAAUGAACUCACUGCUCACAACAGUUGGCUUUUGAUAGUCGGCGUUGGUUUCAAUCUAUCCCACGUUGGAAUCUUGCGUUGGUUUCUGGUUAGAAUGUCGGUUCACGGUUGUUGCAGGUAGUUCACACUCGCCAGUACUUUGUGAUGGGGCUUUUAUUGACGUUUCUCGUGACAUUUGUCGGUGAAAAUAUCAUGUGAAUCGGUUAAAACGGUCUUACGAUCUUCCCUGCAUGAAAGAAUGAAGGUGGCAAGGCUAAAAGUGCUCCAAUAUUCGAGGUAGUUCAACAACUGCUUCUUCAGAAUUAGGCUUCCUAAAUCUGAAAGAUCUAGCAUCGAUAUGUCACAGUCGAGAUACUCUUCUCUUUCCUCACAGUCAAAUAAUUGGGGUUAUCCCCUCUAUUUAUGUGACUGUUGCCCCUACGGCUAUCACAUAGACUUGGAUUUCGUUCGAUAUUGCGAAUCUAUCAGCAAAGAUGCAGAUCGGACAGGUUCUAUCAAAAGGAGAAGAGACAGGAGAAGACAACGAAAAUCUAUGGAAGUAUUGCUAGGGUUGGAUUCCAUAACAGAUCAUUUUGAGAAACAACCCGAUCCAAUAUCGCCAAUUCUUGAGACUGAGAAUCGCCUGCUCCAGAAGCAAGACAGCUUCGAUAACGUCAUAGAUGAUUUCGAAAAAACAUUUCAGAGAUCGAACAACAAAUUGUCGAAUAAUCUACCAGAUGUUACAGCAGUUUCAGAUCUACGCAGUCCGGUGCCUUCCGAGGCUCGGUCAGCUCUUGUUGGACGUUUGGCACUGAAGAAAACUCCUCUGAGGGAGUUUGAUACGUCCCAUGAAGUCUGUACUUUAACCCCGAAAUCUUUCAAGGCCAUAAGGGAGCAGAUGGCCCUUAGCUUGGAACGUACCAGGCAAUUAGAGGAACAAAUAAAGCAGUUACCAGCUCUCAAAGUUCAAAUAUCAACUCUGAAAGACGAAAACGAAAGGCUCUCGCAAACAAUCUAUCUUCUGAACCAAAAACGAGAAGAAUCUGUUAAGAAUAAAACUAAUUCUACCUUAGAACUUUCAACGAAUAGAAGAAGUAGAUCCAACAGUUUCUCUUGUACAGAUAACCAGUAUGAAAAAGGAUUGAUAAGAAAGUGUAUGACUCCUUCGACCAAAGACAUUGGCGUCUCCUGUUCCGUUAUCACCCGGAAUGUUGGUGUGGGCAACCAAACACCCAGUAGAAAAAACGCGUCCACUGUUACAGAACCUGAUGGUGUCGGUUAUGCUGACAAAUGGUUCGGAGAAAAAUUGAAGUUCAUAAACGAUCAGAAUGAAAAGGGAAGAAGAGGAAGUCUGACUAGAAUACCGAUGAUCAGCAAAGCCAAUCAGACCUUCAAGAUACACUCUUAUAAUCAAGAAACCCAAACGACGGCUUUGCCCCAACCUAAAAGGAUCACUAGCGACAAAUAUAUCCAGACGCUUCAAAAACAAACAGCCCAAAAAGAUCAGGGUAUACUGGUCAAACCAAAAACUCUCGAUUUUGGCAUACAAGAAUCUGUGGAAUCCUACAAUGUAGGAGUUUCCGAUGACACCAUAACCGACAUCAACUGCGAUAAAUGUAACGUGGUUAAGAUGAGUGUGGCUGUUGGUCCAGAUCAAAAAGAAGACCAACAUAUUGCACCCGUUUCUCUAGCUUCCCUGUCGUUCCCCAGAAGUAAAUCCUUCAAUUUAGGCCCAGACAAGAUGAGUUUAAGUAAAAGGAAAAGAUCUAUUUCCAUCCAAUACCAGUAUAAACCAGAGAGUUGCACGAAAGGUUCACAGUACGAACCAUCGACUGUGUCAAGAUCCUGUCAAUCGACUGUCAGGACACAUUCGAAAGGUACGCAGCAUGAAUCUAAGCUCAUAGAGAGUAGCACGCAAUUCGACGAAACUUUUAUUGUUGUUGAAACGACGCCUAAAAAGGACAAAACGAAUAAACAAAUAGGGGAAGACAAGAGAAAUGUUGGAUGUAAUACAACUUUGGAACUACAGGGUGUUACGGUUUGUUCAGAGUGCCGGAAGGCACGAAAAGAAGAUGAGGAACUUUCGAAGAAGGAAAAUGCCAAGAUGGAAGACAAAAGAAAGGAGGAGUUGAAGAAGAAGGAUGGACUCGUUGUUUCAAGAAUACCAAAACCACAUCUCACUCCAACUUCAGAGAGGAGAAAGUUUAGAAGACAAGACACUUACACGAAAAUCAACGUUUCGCCACCUCCUGAGGAAAAUUAUACUGUGUUAUCAGGAUUGGACUUAUCAAAAUCGCCUACAUCAUCGACAAAUGCAUUAGAGAGGGUGAAGGAAAACCUCAAAUUUCCAGAGACUUCGAUUGCAAUUCAUCCUCACAAUGAUACCAAUCAUCAAUCGGCCAGUUUUAGUAAUCCUGAACCAGAACCAAACCCAUCUACACCAUUACUUGCAUCAACAACACCUUUACUUGCAUCAACAACACCAUUACUUGAACCAACAACACCAACACUUGUAUCAACAAACACAAAACAUCGAAAAAAAGCUAUGCCUACUAAGGAAAUGCAAGGUGCUAUGAAGGUGCUCAAUGAUUCUUUGCAAAAACAAACCAAACUUCCCAAAAAUCACAGGGCGUUUGAUAUAAUCCAACAGGAAUGGUUUAAGAUAUCUGGUGUUGUUACCGCUAAUCCUUUGGAUGUCGAAGACUAUUUGGAUGCAUUUGAAGACAUGUCUUCAAUGCUCCUCGACUAUGUAGUCAACAUGACCGAUGCCAAUGGUAAUACUGCAAUGCAUUAUGCCGUAUCUCAUGGGAAUUUCGAUGUUGUUUCAAUCCUACUUGACUCUAAAGUUUGUGAUAUCAAUAAACCCAAUAAAGCUGGAUAUACCAGCGUUAUGUUGGUGUCUUUAGCUGACAUUCGGUCACAAACCCAUGCAAAUGUGGUCAGAAGACUGUUCCAGAUGGCAGAUGUCAAUAAAAGGGCGAAACAACACGGACAGACUGCACUGAUGUUAGCAGUUAGCCAUGGAAAGCUGGACAUGGUUAAAAUGUUGUUGGAAGCGGGAGCUGAUAUAAAUAUACAGGACGAUGAUGGUAGCACAGCCUUGAUGUGUGCAGCCGAACAUGGCCAUAUCGAGAUUGUAAAACACUUUUUGAGUCAACCAGACUGUGAUUCUACAAUAACUGAUGUUGAUGGUAGCACAGCUCUAAAAAUAGCCAUGGAGGCUGAACAUCGACCAAUCGGAGUUCUUUUGUAUGCUCACGAACGGAACCUUGUUGAAGCUCACGGACUAAAACACAAAAAGAAAUCAAUAAGUCCUAAGCCCCCGUCAUCGCCCCUAUCUAUACGACACAGCCAUAGUGCCUUGAAUGACAUCAAAAGUAGUAAAUAGAAGAAUUCAUAUAUCCAUAUAUUUACAAAUUUGUUGAUAAAUGUUUCCUAAGAUUCGUCCUAUGUUUAGAGACUAUAUCGCAUCAGUUUUCCAACGACAGAAAAAUAACCCCAUAAAAAGUGCAACAAAAUAAGAAACAGAAGCUACAAUUGAGUUUCAAUAAAAAACAGGUUACUGAAACAUACUUUGCCUUGACUAUCAGGAUCCUGGCAAAAAACAAAGCCUAUUUCUGAAUUUCACGAUAUCAAAAUGAAUUUCAAAACACCCAUAAAAUUUUCCAUAAAAAAAAAAAUUUUGUAUAGUAAGUACUUAGUAUAUUUUGGCUGACUCAUAUUCCCUUUGGAAAUAUGGAAUAUACAUUUGUAGAUAAGAUACCAUAUCAUUCCCUUUUGUAAUAUUUUUACUAACUGAUAUUGUUUCCUAAAAUUAAAACGAAGAAAAAAAUAGCUAAUAAUAAAAUAAUGAUGGAAUAUUGUAAUAGAUGUGAUACUGUCUUCAAACUAAAAUAUAUUUUGGUCCAUAUUGUACUUGUUAUUAGAGAUUAUGAUGUGUAGUUAUUCAAAUGUAAUGGAUGAUAUAAUGAUAACUUUUCGUAUAACGGUUUCUACAGAACUGAUGUUACAUUUUCGAUAUAUUAUUGAACAGAGAAAUGGUUGGUUGAACUGAAAAUCAAUGUGAAAAUGUAAAAUCGUACACCUUCCAAAAUUACUUUGAAUCGACCACCCAACCAGUGAAGUGAUACUUUUUUCUUAUCUUAUCUUAAUGAGACUGGAUAUAGAUUUUUUUGUAAAUUUAUCACCUUGUAGUAGAUGUGCUCAAAAUUAUUGCAAUAUAAUUGAUGCCGAUUUUAAGAGGCAAAAACAUUUUUUGUAAGUAUUCUUGUCCUCUAAGAACUUUCUUCUUCAUUACUCAAAAUGUUAUAUUACGUGGUUGAAGAUUUUCUUGAUUUUUCAACUAAGAAUCCUUUGAUUUUGAGGCUGAAAUGCCUAGUCAUGCAGCUUUCUUGUGAAAUAAUAUUUUGUAGUACUUUAUUUUUAUACUUCUGACUUGUUUUUUAUAUGUAUAAAUUUAUUUGUCUCUAUUUACUUGAUAAUGUGUAUUUGUUGAUGUAUUAAAUAUUCGUUAAUGAGCGAAAUAUUUUUUUCUACAUAGGUUGGGGUUGAUACUACUAAUAUUUUGCUCCGCCUGUUGUUCUCAACUACUUUUCGAAAUGGUAUGUUAAUAGAACUUAUCAUUAGAUUAAAUUAUUGAAGAAAUAUUUCUCAGAACUAUCCAAUUUUUUGUUAUUUGCAAUAAUUCAUGUCAAUUGUAUCUUAAUGGAUAGAAAUAACUGAUGUUUUUUUUUACUUAUACCUAAUACGAAUAUUUGAAUGAUAGCAUAUCAUUUUGUCAUCUAUAUUUAAGAUUUGUAAUAUGUUGAAUAAAAAUUACAAAU